GUCAAUUUAUAUCUUGAUUGGUGAUGUAAACAAGUGCCUUAAAUGCAAUCUGUUUAAAAUGACUUCCAUACUAGAUUAUAUUGUUUAGCUUAGUUAGUGAACAGCUGGCAACGAAUUACAAUACGUUCAUUUUACGAUGUGUCGCCUUGAAUACGAAAAACAGUUUUUUGAGAUCAUUCAAUUUUUACUGGAUUCAAGUGAAAUAUUUUUCGCUAGCUUGUUGUUCUGAAAAUCGUUUAGCUUGGUAAAAAUCAAGUAAUAAUAAUGCUAUUUAGUUGCGAAUGAAAGUAUUAGAGACGUCGUACGAAACCAAUUACAGUGAUUACGCGGUAUUCGUACAGCAUGCAUGCGUAUCUAUGUUUCGACAUAUGAUUCGAUAGGUCAUUUGAUUUUGAUGAACGAUGACAGAAUAUAAGUUCUCGUUAGUACGAAAAUCUUAUGAGCGUGCAAAACUGUGGUAAAAUCGAAUUGCUGAUCUUCAAUGAUAUCACAAAAACUUGAAGGAAAUAAAUUUUGAUCGAUACUUCAGUGGGUUUUUGCGAUUGCCAUGAAAAAAUGGCACACGUUGCUCCUUUGCUCAGAUAGAAUACUUCAAAUGAAUAAAUAUGACUUGAACGAAAUAAUGAAAGAUGACCGUUUUCAGUUGUUCUUGUUUAAAAAUAUUUUGACAGUGAUCACAUACGCAAGGCUACUUUUAGCAUGCCUUUUCAUCGAAUUAUCGUCUGGAUUAAGCUUCGAAUGCUGCGAACCUGGGCUCGAAUGGAUAGGUGGUUCGAAUCGUUGCAAGGACAACAGUACAAUCCACUUGAGUUGUAUCGCAGACAGUUACUCCGUUGAUCCAAACGACGACGAAGAAGGAUUCUAUCGUGUUAACGAAUCAAACUGGCUCGUUGUUGUCAACGAAGAGAACAUUACCAUUGAUGCUUAUGCUCCUGACAAAUUCUGCCAGGGAUAUUUGAACGACAAGGUAAGGUACCUCGUUUGCUUUCCAGAAGAGCCUUCGGACGCACAAGAAUGGCACACGAUACUUUUCGGACUAUGCAGCACAUUGUCAGGCAUUUUUCUUGCUUUCACGUUAUUCACAUAUAUAAUUCUGCCAGAGUUGCGCGAUCUACAAGAUAAGGCAAUAAUGUCGCUAUGCGCUUCCUUCAUGCUCGCUUUCUUUAUCAGCGGAAUCCCGAAGCUAAGUAACUUGACAAAUCUGAUGGACGAUACAACGUGUAUUGUUUCUGGUUUUAUCAUGUACUACACUUUCUUGAGCGCUUUUUUCUGGCUCAACGUCAUUUCGCUCAACAUUUGGAGAUCUGUCUGGUUUACGCGUUUCAAACUUGCAAAGAAUAUGCUAUUUAUAAUUUACUGUGCACUUGGUUGGGGUGUACCUUUAUGUUUCUUAGUACUGACGGCCGUUGCUCAAUAUGUCGAUAAUAUUCAAAUAAAACCGGCUUUUGGUGACGGUAGCUGUUGGAUUAAUGGAUAUUCUGCUGCAUGGUUAUAUUUCUACGGUCCAAUCUUUGCAUUACUUUUGUUAAACAUAGUUUACCUGGGCAUGACCAGUUGGAAACUUUGGCACAAAUACGAAACUUUCGAUUGCAGCCAUGCUAAAGUACUCAAAACAAGAUGCACGAUGUGUAUGAAACUUUCUUUGCUCAUGGGUGUUUCUUGGAUAUUUGAGGUUAUAUCUUUUGCUUUUAGAGAAACAAAUCAACUUUUUUGGCUUAUACCAGAUUUGCUGAACGCCUCACAAGGCCUGAUCAUCUUUAUUUUCUUUGUAGUCUCACGAACAAAAGUGAGAAAGCUUUUAGCUGAACGAAGGCUCUGCAAAAUACCGUUCCCAAAAUCGUGGGCAGGUUAUAAGGAUCACGAGAAAUCUGAAGAAAAUUUCAUCGAUGAGAUUGGACUAUCAUAUGCAUCAUAAUAAUUACACGCACAAAUAGAGGCUCGAAAAAUAUUUUUUAAUGAAAAAGACCCUCUUAUAAAAUAAGUUUUUUUAUUUAUAAAUUUAUUUUUAAAUUUGUUUUCAUUUAUUCGAAAAUGCAUCGUUUGAAAAAUAGGACAUUGAAUGUAUUUAAUCAAUGUUUAUGAACUACUGUGGAGAUUACUAAAUUGUUUUGAAUGAACAAUUAAAUUAUAAUUAAAUAAAUACUCCUAUCGGCAACGGAAAUUCUAUGUUUAAAGUUCACUUGUUUAAAUCAAUAUAUUGAACACAUUAUCUGAUGCAACGAUAUUUAUUAUUUUAUUAAUAAUGAUUAUCGUUGCAUAAAACAAACGCGUAGCUUGAAACAAAAAUGAAAGAGAGUAAAAUCGAAAAAUGAGAACGGGAGUAUAGAAUAAGGUGACUUUCACAAAUAAAUAUUAGCAUAAAAUUGUAAAAAUUUUUCUGUAGAUACCGAAAGAUAACGACGACAGUGUAAAGAAUUAAAUAAAUU